AUGCGGGAUGAUAAAACUAAAAGCUCGGAAGUCGAUUGCUCUUCUUUCCGAUGUUUAACACUUGCAACAUUUUCCAGUGGAGCGCAAGUUGAAGUUUGUGAGAAAAAAAAAACGCUGUCGCCGCAACGUGGUGUAGAAUUGUUUCUAAAAGAUUGUCUAUUCAAAAGCUACUUUCUGAUGAUUUAUUUUGAAACGUGGAUAUGGAUAAAAUUACUACAAGAUAUUGCUGAUGUCCAACAAGAAAUUCUUUUUUACAAGAUAUUGCUGUUGAUGGUGUCUCGUCGGUGGACAAGAACUAGACCGCCUCCGGCGCCAGCAGCCUGCGUCUUUCGGGAGACUCAGGCUUUGACCUUUUUCCCUUAAAAAACAAGAACAGCAACUACAUCCACAUAGGGUCCAACCUCGUCGAGGUUUCUACCUUCUAGUAUUAUUUCUGUUGCGGCUUAACAAUAUUUUUACCCAUGGCUGCUAGCUUUUUUACAUGGUAGACUGAUCAUGCGAGGAGCAGAUGACGAUGUGAGGAACAAAUUGGCCUAGCAAAGAAAAAGGCUCCUAAACGCCGACCAAAUGAAAACAAGACGGCAACUAACGGGGCAGAAAAGCACGAAAGGGCGGCCCAAGGGCGCCCCGGCCUUUUCAGGUUGUGCCCCUUCUACCCUGACGCGCGCGCCCUCGUUCCGUGUGCCAAUUGGCGGCCUUCGGUGGCACCAGCGGGAGCAGCGCGAAUUUCUAUGCGCGGCUGUGCGCGCAUGCCUUCUGGGCUGUCCGGCCACCGGCGUGCUGCUUAGCGACUAUCGCGAGGACUAUUUUGCGACAAGCACCCUCAAAGCAGACGCGCCGCUUUUUGACAGACGCGCAGGCUCCGUAGCGGUGCCGAGGGGAAGUCGUGCGAAUGUCGGGCCAAGCAUUGCGGCCCUCUGUGUGGGGUAAAGCUAGUAGAGGGCCAAACGAGGACUCCUCCGCCCUUGUCUGCCCCAAGGUCGCGAGAUGUUGAGUCAGGUCGGAAGAGGGGCGGGGGAAUGAACCGACCUGAAGGCCACAGAAAAUGCGAAGGGAAGGGCGAAAAAAGAACAGCAAUAGGCGCCACGGGAAGGCCUCGACGGCCCGUCGGGAAGCCGCCGGCCCGUCCUCAGACACGGUGGGAUUCUCGAUUUUUUCCGGUUGGGAGGGGCCCCCAACCGGAGAAAAUGGAGCGCCCCGCCGUGUCUGAGGACAAACCGGCGGCUUCCUGGCGGGCCGCGAGGCCUUCCCGGCCGGUGCGCCUGCACGUAGCUGUAUGGCCUGCCACAUAGCGGCCCCUUCCCCUUGUCCCUUUCCUUGAGCCUUUCCUUCGGAUUUUGGUAGAUUUUCGGCAAAUUUUUGGGAGCUUUCAAAAACGCAGAGUGAUACGCACUCCGCCUUUUUUUUGACACGCAAAUUGACACGCAGAGUGACACGCACACUGAUACGCACUCGUCAAACACGACCUGUUUCUCGUUUUUGACGAGUGUGUACUGUCAAACCGCUCUGUAAAUUGACACGCAGUGAGUGCGUGUCAGUGCGUGUCACUUUUACAGACCGGAGAGAGGUUUUGGAAAGUUUUGGAAAUAUCCUUCACCGACGGUAUUGUGUGACACGCACUCACUGCGUGUCAAGUGCGUGUCACUCUUCACGCCUGUAUUCUGGCCACCAGCGAUUCGGUCGUGCGUGUCACUGCGUGUCUCCAGAAUAUAAGUGCAAAAAGUGACACGCACUGACACGCACUAGAUGCGUGUCACUACCAUACCGUGCAGGAGAGAGACAACGCCUGUCGUCUUUUGGUCUUCCCCGAUGGUAUACGGUGACACGCACUGAGUGCGUGUCACUUUUUGCACCUAUAUUCUGGUGACACGCAGUGACACGCAUUGCGGUACGCAAGUGACACGCAGUGUGACACGCACUGCGUGUCACUUGCGUAUCACUUUGCGUGUCAACUGCAUGGUAGACUGAUGCGAGGAGCAGAUGGCGAUGUGAGGAACGGGCUGUCAUGCGGCGGGAACAAACCCCGUGUGGUGCUUCGCCACAGGACUCGAACCCGUUGGUAUGGUCGUUUGCUCUCUUGCGGCCCACAACAAAACAGCUCCACCACUAAAUCUACUUUGUCGAUACAUUUUUGCCAAGGAUCAUCAAAAUAACAGGCUUAAGAUUUUUACUUGAGCACAACCAGAACAAGAGUAUGGGAUCCUUGUUAUGUUUGUCCACACUUACUUCUACAAAAACGCUCGCGCCAGUCUGAAAACCAAAGCAGGCUGCUAAGUAGACAGCGGCACACCAGAACGAGACCAAUGAUUUUAAAAGCUUCGCGAAGUUUAUUUGUUGGGGCUAGUAGAUAGGUCUCGCUCAUCUUCUCGAGGAGAUGAAGAGUGCAACUGUCGCUACUUUCACGUCCAUUGCAGGACUUUUGUGUCCUCUUCUGUACGACAUUACAACUUUUGGGGUCUAUUAAAGGGUGCUUUUUACAAUAUAUUUGUGCUAGAAUUCAAAUUCGAAUAAAGAUUUACCGCCAUGCCGAAACAUGUACAUGAGAAAAUGUACAUGAAAGCUGAAGCUCGCCUGAAAUAAGAAGUUUCUUUCAUCAGCCAGAGUAAGAAGAUGAAGAAGUGGAGCACUCUGGUGCUUCUUCGCUUUGGAACGCCCAGCAGUCUGAGCAGAAGGAGGACUGUGGGUUAGUACUGGAAAAAAUAUCACAACGAAGAUGAUGAUCAACAUGACAGAGCAAGCUACAAAAGCACAACUCUAGUCUUGACAAGAACUACGUUGAAGUCGAUCACAAGGCAGUUAGACUUCAUCUUAGAAAAAUAUACAAGGCUCGUCGUCGUCUGUUCCUACGCAGGACUCAGCCGCAGAAAGAACUACUCUACUGGUGCAAGUCGACAGUAUGCAUUUUCUCGAAUCUUGAUGUCGAGGCACAGCAUCUAGAUUUGAUGUAGGCGCAGCAACUAUAACUACAAUUGCAAAUUAAGUACACCAGGUCGAGCAUUUUGAAGUUUUUGGCUUCCACUGUCACUUUCAAAUAAAGAGAAACAAGCGCAUUUAGAUUUAUCUAUUGUGCUGCUUUAGCUCAUCUGUAUCUGGUUGUAUCAGGAGGGUGCACUUUUGUAGUAGAAAAUAACUAGCUGGUGCUCUACAGGAAGAUAGAUUGAUGAUACUAUUGAAUCUGUUUUGUCGGCGCUGCGGUUGGAGCUGCUCCUGCUGGUGUGUAAUUUCAGUUUGAAGCUCAAAAACGAAAAUGCCGAGAGCUUCUUCUAGAAAAAGAAUUCUUUUUGGAAGAAAAUUCGUAAACCUAAAAAAUGAACCAAAAACAAGAAAAAAAGCCUUCAACAAAACGAAUCAUACUAGGUACCCGCCGAUGAAGAAGAUUCACUUAGAGGCAUUAAAUAUUGCUGGAAU